CCUCCGCCCACGCGUAAGAUCACAUUUAGCUCACAAAUUGCUGCUUCUGCGGAAAACAAGCGCCGAUUCCUACCAGCGCGGAAAAAAAGCAUGAAAAUGCUCGCGGACACGGAGCGGGAAGAAAACCUGAAUUUACAAAUUGAAUUCGAAUGGGUGCUGCGGCAGGAGGUGCACGCGAUACUGAAGCAACUGCGAACCAUUCUGGUGGAGUGCGCCCAUCGGUUUCCGGUGCCGCUGUACGAGAACGAGGGAAAGAAGACUGAGAAGUUCAUACUCGCCGUGUCGCCCGAUCAGCUGAAGGCCGUGCUCACCCUGACGGGCGAUGCCAUCACACAGGCUGACAUUAGCUUUAAGCUGUGCAAGGCUCCCAGCCAAACGCAACGUACCUCCAUCACAGGGGAGUCGCCCUGGAAGCUGCAACAGGUCCAGGAUGCCGCCAAUCAUCUGCAGACCGCAAUCAACCACAUAGACGAUGUCGACGACUCUUAUCACUUCAAAACCUCCGAUGAAGUGCUGCAUGUGAUAGGCAACAUACUGGAUGCCCUGCAGCGUGGCAGGAACAGCUUGCUGGUGCCCAAAAAGAAGCCCAUCGAUGAGCUGAUCAAGGGACGCAAUAUGAAGUCGCUGGUGCCCAACCUGCCCGAGGAUCUGGCCGUAAGCUUCUAUCUGCAGAGCCACAAGCUGAUCAUAGCCGUUUACCAACUGCUGAACAACCAGGGCACCAUGCGCUUUGAUUCCCGCCAGGCGGAGGCCUCCGUUCAGUGGCUGAACGAUGUGCUGCUGCUGCUAAUGAAUGGCCAGAAACUGUGCCAGCAAUUAAAAGACAAGAUAUCUGUGUUUUCGGUGUACAAAGAUUUCACAGUUGGCUCGCGCUCACCCUCAGCGCUAUCCUAUUGAGACGAGGAUGGGACGUCAACUGUGUAGCGGCGACAGAAACAAUAACAACAAUAAUAGCUAAUAAAGAAAUCGUACUUGUAAUAGCGAAGUAAAUAAUGUUAGUUGAAAUGUUGCCACUGGAAACGGCGCACACCGUACACAUAAUACCCCCGCAUACACCCUAUACUACACAUAUAUAUAUAUAAUACUAAACUGCACUGUACUGCUGUAUAUACGGGGCAGUACAGUGCAGUACAUUCAACUAGUUUAAUGUACACACAAUCGACAUUCAUGAUAUAUUACCCAUCGCUUCACGUCACUCCAAUUAUGCAUCAAAAUGCAUCUAAAUAGCAUUAGGCUGAGAAUUGAAACGGAAACAUUGUGUUUGUAUGUGUAACUAAAUGAAAUUGCUAGAUAAUUAUAGUUUAUUUGUACGUGUAAUUUAAUGUAAUAUACCAUAGAGUCCCCCCCUAUAUACAUAUAUUUAUGUUUUGCAAGGCAGAUCAGACGGUACUUAAGAUCGGUACUUACUUACAGACCCGUAACCCCCUAUAUAAUACAUCGGCAUUUACAUGAUAUUGUUGUAAUAAACCAAACCGAAAUGUGAACAGAAUUUUUAAUUGUACUAAACACCGUUUUGUAUUCGUAUUCGUAAUUGUAUUUCGCGUACUCGUGUUAAUGGUUAAUAGUUAAGCGCGCCCAAUCCUAAUCUAAUCCAAAGUCAUUUGUAUCAACGGCCUUUACUUCUCGUUUACUUUAUACAUAUAUAUAAACCAUAUACCAGGGAGUUUAUAAAGAUAUUUGUAUAUGGAAAGUCAAGAGAGAUGAGCAACGAAAACAAUUACCACUGUACUUAUUGAAUAUUGCGAUUGCCUAGGCACCCCCACAGAAAUGCAUGGGAAGAGAAGACAACUAUUUAUGUAAUCACUAAGCGUACUUACUACUGUCCACAUUCAUUUAAUUGUUGUUGAAUAAAAAUUACCUUUUACCAACGGAAA